CAGUGUGAGGGCAGCAGGGAGGAUCUGUGGCUUACAGCCAUCACGGAGCUGCUGGAGGAGAUGCAUUCUUUAUUCUGAGGAGGGAGGAGUGACAGAGGAGAGGGAGAGUAAGAGAGAGAAAGAAGAGAGAGAGAGAGAGAGAGAGAGAGAGAGAGAGAGAGAGAGAGAGAGAGAGAGAGAGAGGUGAACAGAGCACACACGUCGCACUAUCAAGUGAAUCCAUCUAAGAAAACAACUCGCUGGGAGUCCGGGUCCGAGCUGCGUAGGGCACUGAAGGCAAGUUUGAGCUCCCCACUGAAGAGCGCGCAGAACGGACGCAGCUGGCCGUCAUGGCCCGUGGCGGAUCUGGCGGCGGACACUUCGUUGAGUGCGUCCUCACUGUUCUGGCAGAGUGUGGAAGGGGAAAAGAGGGCUCUGCGAUCACCCUGCCGCCGCUUUCCUCUGUUCUCAUGCUGCAGACGGUUUAGUUAAAGCGGAGGAGCUCCGUUGAAAAGCGCCCGGGAGCGUGGGAAAGAAGGAAAAAGUGGCGGACAGCGGUGCAAAACGGACGCGUAGACCAGGGAAAUAUGCUGUUCCGAGGACUCACCGGGUUUACGCUGAUCGGAACUGACUCGCACCAGCUUUGCCGAACGGAGCUUUACGCACGGUGAUACAGCAGGACCGUAUGAAGGACAGAGGCUUAGAGAACGGGGAAAGUUGAACGUGGUAGUUGGGGUUGUAAUGGAUAAGGCUCGCCAAAGGUUUCUGGAUCCAAAUGUCACCCCCCUUGGACUCUGCCCCGGUUGGGGACCAGCAGUGUGUGACGGACAGGCGAGUGGAGCCUGCGGUGGCUCUGUACUGCAUGGUUUCAAAUUGGCCCUGGCUGAGCUCUGCAAGGAGCAGCGAGUGAAGAGUCUUGCAAUGGUCUGACGUCUCAGCAUGGAUGGAGUCAGUCGGAGGACCGGCCACCACUAAUGAGACCAUCGCGCUUCAGCUGAGGACUAGCAUUUACAGGAUUACUCCCACGUUUUCCUGCUCAUUUCCCAGCUAACUGCAUCGUUACCAGACUCUCUGAGUGGGACUUUUAAUGCGUCUGGUUUUUGGUGGAUACAUACAUCAUUGCCUUUCUGAUUUUCAUAUUUCUUUUAUUCCAUCCCUUCUUCUUUUUUAUUGUUGGUUUCUCUUUUCCUGUUUUGUUUUUCAACUAUGGAGUUUUUGGCUGGAUCCUGGAAUAAAGAUUGGGCUUCAUUCUUGCAAUUUUGGUUGACUGUCAUCCUAAGCCUCCAAAUGCAGUUCAGGCCGGGUGCCUCUUGCCCGAAGGAGUGCCGUUGUGACAACCAGUUUGUGUACUGCAAUGAACGCAGCCUGACAUCAGUGCCUCUGGGGGUGCAGGAAGGCUACAAAGUUAUCUUCCUACACAACAACCAGAUAAACAAUGCUGGAUUCCCUCUGGAACUUCACAAUGUUGCCUCAGUAGAGACUGUGUAUCUCUAUGGCAACCAGUUGGAUGAGUUCCCUAUCAAUCUGCCCAAAAACACCAGGGUCCUGCAUCUCCAGGAGAACAAUAUCCAAACUAUCUCUCGGGCAGCCCUGGCCCAGCUGACUCAGUUAGAGGAGCUGCACCUUGAUGAUAACUCCAUCUCCACAGUGGGGGUGGAGGAAGGGGCCUUUAGGGAGGCGCUAAGCCUCAAACUCCUCUUCCUCACUAAGAACCACUUAAGCAGUGUUCCCAUUGGCCUUCCUGAGGACCUAAAAGAGCUACGGUUGGAUGAAAACCGCAUUGCUGUCAUUGCAGAGGAGGCCUUUCAGAAUGUAACACGUCUGCAGCGCCUCCUGCUGGACGGGAACCUGCUGACAGAUGAAGGCAUUGCACCGGGAACCUUCCAGGAGCUGGCCAACCUCCGUGAGCUGGCCCUGGGCCGCAAUUCACUCACCUUCCCCCCUCCACUCCUUCCCUACCAGUCACUAAUCAAACUCAGCCUGCAGGAGAACCAGAUAGACCAGAUCCCAGUGGCAGCCUUUGCUGCCUUAAAUAGGCUAGAAAGACUGGAUAUCUCAAGCAACCAGCUUCAGACUCUUACACAGGGAGUAUUUGAUGGUCUGUCAAGUCUAAAGCACCUGAUGGUGCGAAAUAACCCCUGGCGUUGUGACUGUGGUGUCAAAUGGGUGGUCGUAUGGCUCAAGGCGCUACCUUCAUCCAUCAAUGCCCGAGGGUUUGUGUGCCUGAGUCCGGACAAGGUGCGUGGCAUGGCAAUCAGAGAGCUCACGCUGGAUAUUAUAGAAUGCCCAGUUGAAGACGACGAGCCACCCUGGCCAACCCUUCGAUCAACACCCCCUCCCCCACCAACAACCACCCCCUUCACCACCAUGAUCUCCACGCUCAUCACCACAUCCAUCCCUUACUACUUUGGCUCACCCUCCCCUCCUUUACCCCCUGUCCCUAACAACCCCCCUGGCCCCUUGCCUCCUUACGAGGACCCCCUUCAGAUCUCCUUCCAUGUUGUCAACUCCACUAAUAUCGCGGUGAGCUGGGCUUCCUAUUACACCGUCACAGCCUACAAGGUAACUUGGGUCAAAAGGGGACAAAGCCAAAUAAAUGAAGGAAUGCGGGAAAGGACCGUGAGUGGGGACCGGCGGCAUAUUAGCCUCACCAACCUGGAGCCCCGGUCUGUGUAUCGUAUCUGUGUGCAUGUUCUGGACACUCUCAACUCCUACAGGCCAGGAGAGGAUACUAUAUGCUCUGAGGCCAGGACCAAGCCUGCUGUGCCCAUUAAGCCUCCCAGCAGAGAGGAAGCUCCUCGGGAGAGCAUCAACUCUACUCUGCUCAUGGCUGGGAUCAUUGGUGGAGCGGUGCUUAUCAUUCUGAUAACGCUGCUCAGUCUGUUUUGCUGGCACAUGCACAAGAAGAACCGGUCAUCUUCGACCAAGUGGAAAUACAACCGUGGUAGGAGAAAAGACGACUACUGUGAGGCUGGAACCAAGAAGGAUAACUCCAUUCUUGAGAUGACUGAGACCAGUUUCCAGAUAGUGGCGCUGAACAAUGAGCAGCUGCUUAAGGGAGACUUCCGCAUUCAGCCUAUCUACACACCCAACGGGGGCAUUGGAUUUAGAGACUGUCACCUCAGUAACAACAGCAUAGCCUACUGCAAGAGCAGCAACGUGCCCAGUACAGAGUUCUGCCACACAUGAUGCAGCAGCAAAAAGUACAUUGGCAUUCACACAAACACACACGAUAAACACUUUACAGUACACGCAUAAAUACACAUACACCGUUUGUGUAGACGACAAAAUACAUAAAGUUCUAGUGAAAUAUAACUGUACUAUAUAUAUUUCCAAGUUCUGUCUACAAUGUAAUUUAUACUGUGGAUAAUAAUGUGGGAUUCUCUGCUAUCUUUUUUAUUCUUAGAAAAAGAGAUACAAGUGUUUCUUUUUUAUAACCAGCAGGGUUUUGGAAGUUGUUUUAAUGGUCAGUACUGUACAUGAACAUGGAUUUGUACAAUCAUGGCACCCGGGGUGUAGCUUCUGACGAACGCUGUCAGCCUUGGAAAUGUUGGGGCGCUUAGAGGGCUGGGAUCCUUUGCUAACCACAGAAGCAAAAUAUGGCCUUUUUGCGCUUUGAAACCCUGCAAACCCUCCCCAGUACAACAGAACAGUAGUAAAGACAACACAGCACAGGGGAAAUCCAAACACUGCUGAUUAGAGCACUGUGGAAAUAUAGCUCUGGUUCACUGGUGGCAUGUUGUAAAAAGAAGAAUUGAAGUGCACUUUCUUAUUAAUGGAAGCAAGGCAGGAAAUGAGCAGAGGUGGUGAUCACAUGUAAGAGAGGUGGACGGCUGUGUGUGGAGAAUGUCACCGGUGCUGUUGAAAAGCCUGGAAUGAGUUUUCCCAAAGGUGCCUAAACAGUAAAAGCAUCUUUGUUCUAUCGGUUUACAGUAGGACAAAGGUGGGCACGUUUUGGAAAACUCUGAAAAAGGAUGUGUCAUUUUCAGCAUAUUAGUUGUUUUUUUAGUCAGGAGGUACUAUCAUUAACAUGAGUUGAAAAAGCAACAAAGCAUUAUUGUCCCUAAUGAGGCGCAUGGGUCUGCUGGGACCUGCAGAUCUUUUUGAAGAAAUUCCCUAAUUUGUUCUGCUUUUUUCUCCCUGUUUUUCCCCCCUGUUUUGGCAAGUGAGGCCACAAGGGGGCAGUUUGUUUCCCUCAGUGUGGAGUGUGGGACAGAGGAACAGAGGGCAAGACAGAGAGAAAGACAGAAAAAGAAAGAUGCAUGGAUCACUUUACCUCCUCUAUUCCCCCUGGAGUCCAUUACCCAGACAACAUUACUCAUGCUCAAACAGCAUUGUUCAGAGUAUUAUUGCUCAUCGAGCAGCUUAAUGAUGUGGAAUCAUUUAAAACUAACAGUGUUUUCUGUGUUUGGUGGCUAAAUGAUAUGGAUUUUCAACACUGUGGUCUAUCAUGAGGCUGGAGGAGUCUUUUCCUCCCUGUGCGUAUGUGUGUGUGUGUGUUUGUGUGUGUGUGUGUGUGUGUGUGUGUGUGUGUGUGUUGAUCAUGAUGAAUUUCCAGCAAGCACACACAUACUGCUAAUUAUACACCCACUUAUUUCAACCUUGUCGCAGCGUUCAUUAGGCUAUUUGAUAAAUUAGGAAAUUACAACAAUAAGAUGGGAGCCCGCCCAUGAUCCUAACAAUGCUGCACAGGUUUGACCAAGCAGCCAGUCAACUGUCUCAUCAUUUAUCCUUUUGUGUACAUUAUAUGAGACUGUCUGCUUCAUUUAUGGCCACCUGAACAAUGCACCGUCUCACUCCACAAUAAUCGUUUCUGCCAUUGUGAUUCUUGCCCCAUCUACUUUCAUUUCUGUCUCACUUUCUCCCUGUUAGUCUGUGAAUCUCUGCUCCCUGCAUGGGCUCAAUUAAAUCUCUUUCCCUUUGCUUCAGCUCUUAGGCCGUGGUGGCAUCUCUUUGCAUGUGAGGUGCCAGUGAGAAGACUCCAUUAUGCACAUCUCCUUAGGAAGACUUUAUUUGAUUUGACAAGAUUUUUUUUUUUUGAGGGGCCAAGCUUAAAGAAUUCCCACUGCUGACCCUCCUGCCCCCCACGCCCACCCCUUUCCCCCUCUCUCCUUAUAAUCCUCAACCAAAAAAGGGAGAAAAAUAUGUAGACUUUAUUUUCACUUGGCUGCAGGGAGCUCACGCUGGGAGAGAGAGCGUGUGUUAACUCUUUGUGAGGCUUGCCCUGAACGUACACGGUAGAAAACCUCCAAACUGGGCUGAAUACCUAGAAAAAAGUUUUAAAAAAAAAAGGUUUUUAAAGGCUUUACUCAAAUUAUUCCCGAGUGCUGAGAUUAUCUCUGAGAGGAUUCACCUCAGAAUAUCUCCAAGUAGCUGCACUUAUUGUAAUUCCUGAUAUUGCUCAGAUCAUAAUCCCAUGUGAGCCCACUUUAAUCUGAGGUGAUGCACAAACACAGCCCCAGUGUUUAGAUUCUGUUUUAACAAAGGCAAGAACCGAGAAACUGUAUGAAGCUGCUUUGUGACACAUUAUGUCUUUAAAUAUUGGAACAAGACGGCUGCCAAUUUUUUAAAAACUUCAUAUGAUGUCAAGAACUCAUGGAGAGGCAACAUCUUUACUUUCUUAGAAACAGUUAUUCCAAUACUUUAACAUUUUGUGAAAUGAGUUUGGUCACUUUAUUACUGAGAGGUUAGCAGGAAGGCUAGGUCAACAGUCAUGUUUGUAUGGUAAAUAUGAAGCCACUGCCCACAGCUAUAUUAGUUGAGCUUUUAGAAUAAACACAAAGAUUUAAGACAAGGGCUUCACUUAUUCUGGCCCUGUCUGAGUCCACAAUGUAAAACAAAAAAAAUAGUUUCAUUGUUUGUUUAAUUAGUUGGCUAUAAAGUUGCUUGAAGUUGUAUUUUUGUUAAUCUUUGGCCAUAGCUAGGCCAAGCUGUUUCUAGCUUGAAGUAAAUAUGAAUAUGGGGCCCCCGGCAAGAGCCUCAUCAGUUAAGCUUAGCAUUAAGUUUUAAGAUGAGGGCAAACACUUACUAUUGCUGUGUCCCGAAGGCAAAAAAAACCCCCAGCCACAUGACCAGAAUGUGUUUUUCUUCAAGUAAAGCACACAAGAUGAUAAUGAGGGAGCUUCAGAAAUGUUGGUAGGCAGAUUAAGUUACCUGCCGACGAGGCCAGCUUAGCUGCUUCUGAGUGUUUAGUAAACAUGAAGCCACCGCCAAAAGUAAUGUUAGUUUAGCUAAGCGUUAAGACUUAAGUCAAGGCCAAACAGUUCAUCUGGCUCUAUCCAAAGGUGAGAAAAUCUACUGUUUGACCACAAUGUGUUCUCCACAAACAAAACGUGGUGGAGUGAGCUUUAAAAGUUUGUAGAUUCAGUUAUCUCUGAAGGAGCCUGGCAAGAUGUUUCUGUCCUCGUGUUUAAUAUGAAGCCACAUUUGUUAAGCUGCAUACAAAGACUGAAGGUGUACUAAAGGCUGAUUUGUUUAGAAGAGCUAAUGUGGCUCUGUGCAAAAGUGAGAAAAUCUGCCUUGAGGCCUCAGUGUGUCAGCUUAAUGGUGUUGGUAAGUGAGCUUUAAAGAUGCUACUGAGUCUAUUUUUCUAUAUUAUGAAGUCAGGCUACCUUUCUCCCCUUGUGUCCUUGCUUUAUGCCAAGUAAAGCUAACUGGCUGUAUCCUUAUUCACCAUACAGACAUGAAUUUUCUCAUCUUACUUUCAAAAUAUUAAAGAGUAUGAAAUAUAUGCUCUUUUCCUCUGGCAGAUUAAAUACUCUAAUGUUUGAACAAAGUCUAAGAAGUCCACUUAAUGACAUGACUGGUUUGGAUGGGUAUUUUUCCGUGGUGGGUUUAAUUGGAAAAGAGCUUCUGUGGUUAUCAAAGUAUCUCCAUUUUAUUUCCUUUCUAACCUUUUUCUACUGGCAUCCACAGCAACCAUCAACACUUGAACAUUUACAUCAGAUAUAGUUUGUUUUUCUGUUGGAGAUAAAAGCUCUAUUUGAAGUCAUGUGCUGAUCAAACAAGAGGUGCGUUAAACUAUUGCAACACACACUAUCUCCCUCAUCUGUGAAUGUGUAACGGAGACAGAUAUUUGCCUUACCUUUUGUGCAGGACUGAAUGGCUAGCUAAAGAGAGACAGAGUGAAGUGGCAGAAAGUGAAGGAGAAGAGACGAUGAGACACUAAAAGACGAUGCUUCACAGAAAGCACAUUUCCCCAGUUGAUUGGAGCCACCAAGGCAACACUAACAGUAUUAACAGGAAGACAACACUAGCCGUGACACUCAGUAGCUAACAAAAAACUUUUCAUCCUUAUUGCCAGACCUUAAGUGGUGCACGGCUAAUGAAUCAACCAAACGGGGACAGAGCUUUGGUGGUUGUUUUGCAGCAUAGGCCUACAUUACUCUUAAUUUUCUACUUGCUUGAUGAAAGAAGGAGGCUGCUGUGCUGUGACCAAUGGAAUUAAACGGAGCGUAUUACAGACUGCUAGCGCUGGAUUAUUACUGUUUCAGGGCGCCGAGAAGUAAUUUCCCUUAAAGCGCAUCGAUUCACGUUAAAUAAUUAUCUUUAAUCCCAGAGAGGUCAAUUCAGACACAACACGUGGUUGAAACAGAAUACAUUUGAGGCCAUAUUUUCUUCCCGUCAGGUAGAACCUCCACUGCAAAAUAUCUCUUCACCAGUGACAUUCAUUCGAAGAUUUUUGCAUGUACUGUAUCUAGCUUCAUAGCCUUUCAUCUAUUUUUUUUUCCUUUAUGUUUUCUGGCAAUCAUUCAUCGGAGGUACGAGCAACAUUUCAGAAAGGUUCUAAUGUUGCUCUAAGAAAGAAGGCAGGAAAUUUACAGUGCAUGUAAAACAGCUUUGUCAGGUUCAUUCUUCUCGUCGAGACGCUGCAGUUUCGUUUGCCACCCACACCAAGUUUUCUUAGGAACCAAAGUUAAACUUCUGUUCUCAUGAUGAAAUAUUGAUGUUGUUCCAUGUAUGUGCCUUGAGGUUGAACUUACAAUGUAAAGUCCUUGAAACCUUUAAAUGUUUUUGCACAAACUGUAAAUACUUAAGUGAAGCUUUUUGAAAAUAAAAGAGCCAUUGGAUUUGA